CCGCUUGUCUUUCGCACCUUUUCUUUUUUCGUUCCUUCCUUUCCUAGAGCUCCGCAAGAAGAUACCCAUUUUAUUCCACCUCAACUACAAUUUAACGCCCAACCGCACUUCUAAAUCAACAAUCCAGAAAACCCAAAAAUGAAGCGCAAGGCCGACGAUACCAAAGCUCUCAAUGGAGCCAAUGGCGGUCCGCUGCCCAAAAAGCGCGUCAUUGACGACGAGACGGCGAGGAAGAAUUUCCGAAACGGACUCUUCGAUGAGAAGGUCCUGCAAGAUUAUACCAAGCAAUACGCCAACUCAUCGCCAUACAAGCACGGCGUCAUAUCCGAUCUCAUCCAACCUGAACUCCUCCGGCGCGUGCGCAACGAAAUUCAAGAAAAUGUGUCCUUUACGCCCAAAGAGACGGACAUUUACAAGAUCCACCAAUCUGGAGAUCUAGCCAACCUUGACGGUCUCGACGACUCGUCGCUCAAGCUUCUUCCCAGCCUUUUAGAGCUGCGCGAAUCGCUGUAUUCAUCCGCUUUCCGAUCCUACCUCUCGCGACUGACAGGCUCUGGCCCAUUGAGUGGCCAAAAGACGGAUAUGGCCAUCAAUGUGUACACUCCCGGGUGCCACUUGCUCUGCCAUGACGACGUCAUUGGCAGUCGGCGCAUCAGUUACAUUCUCUACCUUACAGACCCGGAUCACCCAUGGAAGGCCGAAUGGGGUGGAGCGCUACAAAUGUUCCCUACGGAGAAACAUGUUGACGAGGAUGGCACCGAGACUCGGACUCCUCUGCCGGACUACGAUCUUAAGAUCCCCCCUGCAUUCAGCCAAUUGAGUUUCUUCGUGGUCCAGCCCGGCCAGAGUUUCCACGAUGUCGAAGAAGUGUACCCCAAGCCCGAAGGCGACGAAGAAGAUGACGGCGGCCGCAUCCGCAUGGCAAUCAGUGGAUGGUUCCAUAUCCCCCAGGAGGGCGAGGAAGGGUUCAUCCCCGGUCUGGAGCAGCAGCUUGCUGAAAAGAGCAGUCUGGUGCAAUUGUCUAAGAAGGCGGAUAAAUUCGAUUAUCCCAAGGAAAUCAUCCGAUCAUAUGCAGAUGCAGCGCAAACCGAAAAGGCCGAGAAAGAAGCCAAGCGCCAGGCUGAAGCCGCGGACAAGGGCAAAGGAAAAGGCAAAAAGGCUCAAGCGGACGAAGACGAAGACGAAGAUGACGUCGACGACGAGCUCACGGAAAAGGAACUCGACUUUCUCCUCAAGUUCCUUGCGCCCACCUAUCUCACUCCCGACACUCUGGAGGAACUCUCCGAGCUUUUCGCCGAAGAGUCCUCCCUCCGACUCGAUAAGUUUUUGUCCAACAAAUUCUCCGCCCGUCUGCGCGAGUACAUUGAGGCCGAAGAGAAGAAGACGCUUCCUGAACAGUCCAAGGAUAUUGAGACUCAAACGCCGUGGAAGGUCGCCCGCCCGCCGCACAAGCAUCGCUUCUUGUACCAGCAGCAGGCAAAGCCCUCGGAAGGCGGCACUUCUUCUUCCGCCUCUGCCCGUUCCCCUAUCAACGAGCUCCUCGAAGACCUCCUCCCUUCUCACGCCUUUAAGAAAUGGCUCGGCAUGGCAACUGGUCUCGAACCCGAAACCUACGGCGUCCUUGCCCGCCGCUUCCGCCGCGGCCUCGAUUACACCCUCGCCACGGACUAUCAGCAGGAUAGAGCACGAUUGGAAGUCACGCUGGACAUGACGCCCACGCCGGGAUGGGGAGACGACGAAGCCAGCCCGACGAAUGCAGUCGAGGAUGGAAAGGAGGCUCAAGGUGCGGGUGCGGGUGAAGCCGAAACCGCCGAGUCUUCCAAGGACAAUGCGCCUUCCAAGAAGGAGGAGGAGGAGAACGACGACGACGACGAGAAUGAGGAGAAGGAUGGUGACGACGCUGCAGCACACGCACCUGAGCCCGAAAUCGGCGGCUACGAAGUCUACAUGGCAGGCGACGACGAUGCUGCGGGCGAUGACCCGGCCGUGUAUCGUGCCGCAGGCGGACCUGAUGGCGAUGACGAAGACGAUGGCGUCCUCUUCAGCCAGCCUGCCGGCUGGAAUCGCCUCAGCAUUGUCCUCCGAGACACGGGUGUGCUCAAGUUUGUCAAGUACGUGAGUCGUGCCGCAAGAGGAGACCGUUGGGAUAUCUCGGGCAUGUUUAGCGUUAAGGACGAAGAUGGUGAUGAUGAUGAUGAUGAUGAUGAGGAGGAGGACGGAGAAGAAGGUGGUGAUGAGGAGUAGAAUGUGACUUUGAUAGAAAAAAGUAUUGAGUUGACCAUAGAGCGUUGGGUUUCUUCUUUUUGUUUGCUUUCACUUUGGGAGUCUAGUGUCAAUUACUCUACCCU